CAAAUGUAUAUAGUGCUUACGUUGAAGCAAGCUUCACCUCUUCAUUCCCACCUUCAUCUCAUCCAUGGCGUUGCCUACUGCUUCUGCUACCUUGCCUCUAAGGCCUUCUUCUUUCACCUCCAAUUCUAAUUCCAAAUGCACCACAAGUAGGAUCAAAAUUUCUGCGCAAAUUUCAACCAAUGGCUCCACAUCUCUCGCCCAAACCUUUUCAGGGAAGCCAGAGGCAGAUGUCAUAGUUAUAGGAAGUGGUAUUGGUGGACUGUGUUGUGGUGCACUCUUAGCUAGGUAUGAUCAAGAUGUUUUGGUAUUGGAAAGCCAUGAUUUACCCGGGGGUGCUGCACAUUCAUUUACAAUCAAAGAUUACAAGUUUGAUUCUGGUCCUUCUCUAUUCUCCGGUUUUCAAUCAAGAGGUCCUCAGGCAAACCCUCUAGCUCAGGUCCUCGAUGCAUUGGGUGAAUCACCUCCCUGUGCAACCUAUGACUCGUGGAAGGUAUUCAUACCCGAAGGUGAAUUCCUGUCUCGCAUUGGCCCAACUGAAUUUUACAAGGAUCUACAAACAUAUGGUGGUCCAAAUGCUGUACAAGAAUGGAAAAAACUUCUUGAUGCAAUACUACCAUUAUCAGCAGCUGCCAUGGCGCUUCCUCCAUUAGCCAUUCGAGGUGACUUAGGUGUUCUUUCAACUGCUGGUGCUAGAUAUGCCCCCUCCCUCUUCAAGUCUUUUCUUCAAAUGGGACCUCAGGGAGCCCUAGGGGCUACAAAACUUGUCAGGCCAUUUGUGGAGAUACUUGACUCGUUGGAGCUAAAAGAUCCCUUUGUACGAAACUGGGUGGAUCUUCUUUCCUUUCUGCUAGCAGGAGUGAGAUCUGACGGUGUACUAUCUGCAGAGAUGAUAUACAUGUUUGCAGAAUGGUACAAACCGGGCAGCUGCUUAGAGUAUCCUAUAGGAGGCAGUGGGGCUAUUAUUGAUGCUCUCGUGCGAGGUCUAAAGAAAUUUAAUGGCCGCCUGUCUCUUAGAAGUCAUGUGGAGAGUAUUGUCGUUGAAGAUGGCCGAGCAAUCGGAGUGAAGCUAAGAGGUGGACAAUUUGUUCGCGCUAGAAAGGCUGUUGUGAGCAAUGCAUCUAUGUGGGACACGCUGAAUCUGUUGCCGAAGGAAGUCCUUCCACAAGCUUACCAGGAGAGGAUCAAAGCAACCCCGCAAUGUGAAUCAUUUAUGCAUCUACAUUUGGGCUUUGACGCAGAGGGAAUCAGCGACGACAUAGGGAUCCAUCACAUAGUCGUGAAUGAAUGGGAAAGAGGAGUUGAUGCCGAUCAGAAUGUUGUUCUUAUCUCGAUACCUAGUAUGCUAAGCCCCGAUCUUGCACCCCCUGGGAAGCACUUAUUGCAUGCCUACACACCAGGAACUGAGCCUUUCGAGCGCUGGGAAGGUCUUGAUCGCAAAAGUGACGAGUACAAGCAACUCAAAGCUGAAAGAAGCGAGGUAAUGUGGAAAGCUGUGGAGCGAGCUCUAGGGCCAAAAUUCGACCGUGGCAAGUGCGAGGUUAAGUUGGUGGGGACUCCAUUGACACACCAGAGGUUUCUGAGGCGGAAUAGAGGGACAUAUGGUCCGGCUAUAAAGGCCGGGAAGGCUUCGUUUCCCGGCCACUCAACUCCCAUCUCACAACUUUUAUGCUGUGGGGAUUCUACUUUUCCGGGCAUUGGCGUGCCUGCAGUUGCCGCUAGUGGUGCCAUUGUUGCAAACUCACUAGUUUCAGUGUCUCAACACUCCCAGUUACUUGAUGCUGUAGGAUUGUAACAUUCUUAUUGCUUAAUUAAAUAAUGAUCGUUGUAUUUAUGUUUGGCUAAGAUUACAAGUGAACCAAAUAAAUUCAAUGUUGUACAGUUA